AUGGCGGGUGGCGGCGCCGACGACGACGACGUGGUGGAGGUGAGCUGCGGCGGCAGAGGCGGCGCCGACGACGACGACGUGGUGGAGGUGAGCUGCGGCGGCAGAGGCGGCGGCGACCCCGGCGCGUACGCCGCGAUGCUCAAGAGGAAGCUCGACCUGUACUGCGCCGCCGUCGCGAAAUCCAUGGUUGGACUUGGCACAACCAUGAUAUUGACCAUUGCAUCCAAUGGUUCCACAAAACUUCAAGCUAUGUAUAUUUUUCCUUAUAUUAUGUGGGUAAGGAUGUGCAGUACUAGUGGCUUUCCAGAGCUUAACAGUGACAGAAACCUCGCGUACUGGCUGCACCCAGCCCUUUGCCCCUUUGUUGCAGUAAUGUUUAUCCUUGGUUUGAGUACUGUGAAGUGUGAACCAUUCACUAGAGGUGACAUAGAUGGGGCAGGCCUAGUUACAAACUCUAAUGUCAUAGAAGAUGAUGAUUUUCAAGGCAAGCCAGCCAACAGUGGUAUAUCAAAGGAAUUGUCAGACGAUGAUGGUGACCUUGAAGAGACUACUGACCCUGCUAACGCCAAUAAGAUGAGGAGAAUGCUGUCAAAUCGGGAAUCAGCUAGGCGAUCAAGAAAGAGGAAGCAAGCACACUUGAAUGAUCUUGAAUCACAGGUUUCCAGGUUAACAUCUGAGAAUGCAUCUUUGCUAAAGCGUCUGGCUGAUAUGACUCAGAAAUACAAGGAUGCUUCCCUUGACAAUAAAAAUCUAACAGUUGAUAUUGAGACUAUGAGGAGAAAGGUGAACAUAGCCGAGGAAGCUGUCAGGAGAUUAACUGGAACAACCCUCAUGUUAUCAACCGCAUUUGACAAGCCCGCGAGCAGCACGCCCCUGUCAUCAUGUGCAUCUGAUGCGGCUUCUGCCUCUGUCGCCAUUGAAGACAGCAUGAAACAUUUCCUCCAGGCGCCACUUCAAAGCGGUCAGAUGAAGCUUGACAUCCCAAAAGCAGCAAUUCCUCUGACCAGUGGGGUGAUAGGCACCAAGCCAGCUUCUCUGCAGCGUGUUGCUAGCUUGGAGAACCUGCAGAAGAGGAUCAUUGGAGAUUCAGUGCACUCUGAGACUGCAUCAACAUUCUCAGGUCCUGAAGCUCUUGCCGAUAGUGAUUUGUACACUAUUUUGAAGAUUAAUAAUGCUGUGGCUAAGGCUGUCAUCUUUGAUUCUGGACUAAAUAGGCUUGUGGACAUCAAGCACCAUGAAUGCAGGAUGGUUAAGAAUGCAGCUUCUGUUGAGAUUGAUAUGAAGCUUCUUUUGCUAUCUGCGCAUGUUUUCUGUGCUGGAAGUUAUUAA